GUCGUGGUAAACGUGAUGCAAACGCUGGAGAAACGUGAUGCAAACGCUGAGGCCGAUCCUGCGGAGGCUUUGGAUUUUGUUAGACGGGAGGUAAAACGUGAUGCUCAGGAGGUUAAACGUGAUGCUAAGCACUCCACUUUUAAACGUGAUGCUGAGGCCGAUCCUGCGGAGGCCGUCUUAUUUAAACGUGAUGCUCAGGAGGUUAAACGUGAUGCUGAGGCCAAGACUGUUAGAAAACUUAGUGUCGUUAAACGUGAUGCUGAGGCCGAUCCUGCGGAGGCCGGUUUUAGACGGUGA